UUUUACCAACUUGAUUUAACCUUGAAUCGUGAUCGCUUCGACUCUUGGGCAGCCUAUGCUCUUCUCAUGGCAGAUUCAAUGAUUCCAUAUUUUUCCAAGGAUUGUCGAGUUUUCUACUCAUAUACUAAUGAGGUGCUGUUUUUAGGAGCAACUGCAUGUCGAUGUUUCAAUGAAGCAAUUCGAUUGAAAAAUAACAAGUUCAAGGUAUGGGCUGAAUAUGGAAAGUGUGCUUAUGACAUUGCGAGUUAUAUUUCUCGAGUAAAGAGAUUUGGACCAGAGAACUUAAAUCGAGAAGAAAUGAAACAACAUCGUAAACGAUUUUACGAGCAGGCUCGAGUUUGCUUUGAAUCGGCAAACAAUAUUGUUGAUGCCGAUAAAAUUUGGCUUAACUAUUAUUACUUGGGAAAAAUCGCUGAAAGAAGCAACAUCUUACAAGCACUUCGAUAUUAUGAAUUAUCUGACCUGCAUUUGGCCUUAACUGGAGCAACUUAUCCUUGUAGACUCGGUUAUUAUAAUUCAUAUUAUACCCGCUAUGAAAUCGAAGCUCUAGAAGUCCAUUAUCGAAUUCAUUCCAGUGUUCUUAAAUACAUCCGACGCAAUAGCGAUAAAUUGUCACCGAAAACAUUAUCACAAAUUAUGGCGUUUUAA